GGGCUGGGCGUCAUGUGCGUACCUCCCCUCUCUCAAGGUCACGCAAUGAAGGAGUGUGAAAAUGAAUGUCAAAGCAGCUUGCACGACGCCUCGCAGUCGCAGCAUCCAGGCGAGCAGACGUGGAUGCCCACAUCGCUGCUGACGGCUCCUCUCGUGAUUUGUGUGGAGAGACAGAAAAAAAAAAAGUCAUGGGAACAAGAGGGUUGCUGCUUCCUCUGAUCCUGAUUGCUGCGGUCUUGACGGACACUGUUGCCAAGAAGUGUGCGUGCAGAGGAAGGUCACCGUGUCACUGUGCAGGGGUCAAAGGCAACAGGGGCGACAGGGGUUCUCCGGGAAGCAUCGGUUCUCCAGGACCAGAAGGCCGGAAAGGCAGCAUCGGACAUGCUGGGCCAAGCGGACCAAAGGGCGACACCGGGCCUGACGGUCCUGUAGGCCUUGCAGGAGAUCCGGGUCCCGAUGGCAAAGAGGGAUUUGCAGGCUCGCAUGGUUUGCCGGGCAUUCCGGGUCUGCAGGGCCCACCUGGGCCACCAGGGGCUCCGGGCUGCAAUGGAACAGAUGGAGAAGAUGGAUUACCUGGUCCUCAUGGUGCCCCUGGACUUGAUGGACUGCCUGGUCCUCCAGGGCCUGCUGGACCAAAGGGUCAGUCUGCAGUAUCAGUCGGUGUAACUCUGGGACCACCAGGACUUCCUGGGAGAAAAGGAGAACCGGGAGAGCCAGGUUUCCAAGGAAAACUUGGACCCAAGGGAAAAUCAGGUCAACGUGGCCCUGAAGGGCUUCCAGGCCCUGCAGGGAUUCCGGGAUCGAAGGGUCAAGGAGGCAUAGGUAUCCCAGGACCAGCUGGGCCAAAGGGGAUACAAGGCCCUCCAGGCCCACCUGGAUCACCGGGUCGGAUUCGGCAGUACCUCACUGAGAGUCUUGUGUUAAAGGGUGCGAAAGGAGACCAAGGAGAUACCGGAGAAAAAGGCUGCAAAGGUCCCCAGGGAGAGCCCGGAGAUGGCUACUUCACAAAAGGAGCAAAGGGGGACAGAGGCCAAGUGGGUCCCGAAGGAAAGAUGGGGAAGGAUGGCGAACCUGGACAAGCAGGAUUUAUGGGAAGGCCUGGACCGAGAGGUGAUCCAGGUUAUCCUGGAACAAUGGGAGGAACGGGUGCAAAGGGGGAUCGAGGUCAAACUGGUCCACCAGGGGAAACAAAGAUUGUGGAACCCAUCAAUGUCCUGCUGAAAGGAUACAUUGGGGAGCUAGGUGAUCCAGGCCAACCCGGACUUGCUGGACGCCAAGGCCUUGUAGGAUUUCCUGGACCUGACGGGCCGCCAGGAGAUUCAUCUGAUCUACAAGGGCCACGGGGUCAUGAUGGGCCUCAGGGUCCCAAAGGUGAUACUGGCGACCCGGGCUUUCAUUAUCCAGGACCCUCUGGUCCCGACGGGGAUCCUGGUGAACCAGGUCCUCCAGGAGAUCAAGGCCCACCUGGAGUUCCUGAAGACAAAGAUAAAAAAAUAUUCAAAGGUCUGCCGGGGAUGAAGGGAGUCAGGGGUGUGCCCGGGCCAGUCGGAUAUGACGGGACGCACGGAAUGAAAGGGGAAAAGGGCGGGACCUGCACUGAUUGUACAAGAGAAGGAGAACCAGGUCCACCAGGACCACCAGGUCCACAAGGAUUUCCAGGAUUUAAUCAAGGACCAGGAGCUAAAGGUGACCCAGGUUUCCCAGGAACUCAGGGCUUCCCUGGAUAUCCGGGUCCUAUUGGCAUACCGGGUGCUCCUGGCUUCCCUGGACAAAAGGGAGAGUCAUAUUCCGAUUUCAGAGCAGGAGUAAAGGGCGAGAAAGGAGACACGGGGUAUGCUGGAAGGCCCGGACAGGAUGGGCACCCUGGGUCUCCAGGAUUGUUCGGUCUCAAAGGUGUCCAAGGCCUUCCAGGGGAUUCGUAUAGCAGCGAUGGAGACAAAGGUUUUCCUGGUCCACCAGGGGAUUUGGGCAGGCCAGGACCACAAGGAUACCCUGGAGCAGUGGGAUAUGGGCCUGUUGGAUCGACAGGAACUAAGGGGAAUUUGGGGGUACCUGGUUUCCCUGGGCUGUCUGGAAUUCCAGGCCAGAAAGGAGAACCAGGCAUCAUUCACGCAAAAGAUUUUCCUGGACCACCUGGUUUUCCAGGUCAACCAGGAUUAUCAGGAAGGAAAGGUGUUCCAGGCCUUCCUGGUUUCAUAGGCAGCCCAGGCCCCGUGGGACAGAAAGGGGAAAAAGGUGGUGAAUUAUAUCCUGGACAACCAGGGUCCCCAGGAGAGAAAGGUGACAAGGGGUUGCCAGGUGUCCCUGGUCUCCCAAGUAUCGGUUUUCCUGGUCUUCCAGGUCAACAUGGCCCUCCUGGUCCUCCAGGAAUGAAGGGUGACGGUGGCUAUGGACAGCCGGGACGCAAGGGCCAAUCGGGCCUUCCGGGGAAUGAUGGAGCUCAAGGGUCUGGAGGAGAUCCUGGAAUUCCUGGCUUACCGGGGAACCUGGGAUUACCAGGAAAUCCAGGGCCACCAGGAGAAAAAGGAAAUAAAGGGGAAAUUGGACGACCGGGACCUCCGGGUAAUAAAGACUCAUGUGAGUCUCUUCCUGGAUCAGCGGGGCCACCAGGACAAGAUGGUGCUCCAGGACUACCAGGACCCGAGGGGCCGUCAGGUGAAAAGGGUAACAGGGGAUUCCCUGGGUUAGGAAAACCUGGCCGCGCAGGCGAGCCUGGUUAUCCCGGGCCUACGGUACCAGGUCCCAGUGGGGUUACUGGAUUAAAAGGAAUUAAGGGACAAAACGGGCUACCGGGCCAACCAGGACUGAGAGGAGACCCUGGACCAGAUGGGUUACCAGGAUUCGGACCACAAGGAUUUCCUGGAGUUAUAGGACAACCAGGCCAAAUCGGUGAGCCUGGUCAUCAUGGAAAAAAAGGUGCCAGGGGUCCUCCAGGAAUGACUGGGGACCCAGGACCCAGGGGUCCUCCCGGAGGUCCAUCGCCAUUGCCUCUAGAAGUUUUUGGCUCCCUUGGGGAGCCUGGUCUGGCAGGUGACCCUGGACCAGUUGGUCCCUGGGGAGAUCCUGGAAGUAUUGGAGCAAAAGGAUUAAAGGGAAAUACUGGCGCGCCAGGCAGGCCUGGGGAAAGAGGUCCCCCCGGUGACCCAGGUAUUCCAGGAUUCUUGAAAGGAAGUCCUGGACCUGCUGGGAUACCAGGAGACACAGGACCCCAAGGCCAUACAGGAUCAAAAGGAUUAAAAGGAGACCAGGGAAUCCCCGGAGGUCUUGGCACAAAUGGGGCACCAGGUCCAAGGGGUUAUAAAGGAGAAAAGGGAGAACCAAACUAUUAUGGGUAUGGCCCACCUGGGCCGAUUGGACAAAAGGGAGAACCAGGAUUAAGCAACACAUCUACACUGAAGGGAGAAAAAGGACAGCCUGGUAUCGUUGGAUCACCGGGUUUGCCAGGAUUUAAUGGACUCAAAGGAGAACCAGGACCCACUGGACAAAAUGGUUCGCCUGGAUAUCAAGGACCAAGAGGUUCAGAUGGACCUCAGGGAAGCAAAGGACGGCGAGGACCAAAUGGACCGCCAGGUCCCGAAGGCCCACCAGGUGGUUUUGGUCCUCAAGGCCCCAAAGGCAACCAGGGACAGGAUGGCAUCCCUGGACCACCGGGCGAAAAAGGAGACACAAGGGUGAUUGAAGGACCACCUGGUCGUCGCGGUGACCCGGGUCAGCCAGGUCUUCCCGGGUCUCCUGGUUCACCUGGCCCAUGUAGUCCAGGAAUUCCUGGAUUAAGGGGAGAUAGAGGACUUCCUGGACCAGGCGGGAUCUCUGGUCCCAGAGGACAACCAGGAAGAGAUGGGAUAUGUUUCCCCGGGGCAAAAGGAGACCGUGGACCUGAUGGAAGUCUGGGUAGGGCAGGUUAUCCUGGUCCACCUGGACCUCCAGGCCCUCCUGGACCUGGAGUGAAAGGGAACAGAGGGGAUCCAGGCCCUCCAGGGAGACCGGGUGACAGUGGACCGUCAGGAGAUCCAGGCAUUCCUGGUCCACCUGGUCCAAGCGGUCACCCUGGAAAUCCAGGACCAAGAGGUGAUUCUGGUCCUCCUGGAAGCAAUGGGUACCCUGGUGACAAGGGAGACCACGGAAACAUACCGGGCCCACCUGGUUCACCUGGGUCAAAGGGUUUUCCGGGACGCCCUGGCAUCAAAGGUAAACCAGGCAAUGGAAGAGUAAUAUAUGAACCAGGACCCCCAGGCUUACCUGGUUCUCCUGGCAAUCCUGGACCUCCUGGGAACACUGGACCAGCAGGACCAGCAGGACAAUCAGGUCUCCCGGGUAUCAAAGGAGUCCGAGGUUCCGGCCCACGAGGACCACCUGGAUUUACUGGUCACAAGGGAGACAAAGGAGCAUCAGGUUUGCCAGGUCUACCAGGCAGCCCUGGAGAUCCAGGCAACAAGGGCCAAAGGGGGUUACCAGGUGAAAGUGGAUCUGGCCGUGUGACCAGUUUCCUCAUAGCACGACACUCGCAGAGUACUCGGGUGCCCAAAUGCCCUGAAGGCACCACGCUGAUUUACCUGGGCUAUUCUUUCCUCUUCAUGAAUGGAAAUGAGCGAGCUCAUGGUCAAGACCUUGGCACCUCAGGAAGCUGUCUACCUCGAUUCUCCCCCAUGCCCUUCCUCUUCUGCGACACGGAGACCAAUUGCCGCUAUGCUUCUCGUAACGACUACUCCUACUGGCUGUCCACCGACGCGCCGAUGCUUCCUUCCAUGGUCGCCAUGACAGGGGAGCGACUGUCCUCGCACAUCAGCAGGUGUUCGGUGUGCGAAACUACCUCCAACGUCAUAGCAGUCCACAGUCAGACAACUGUGACACCAGAAUGUCCCGGAGGCUGGGGUUCUCUCUGGAGUGGCUAUUCAUUUGUCAUGCAAACAGGCGCUGGCGCCGAAGGCUCUUCCCAGCCGCUGGUGUCUCCCGGCUCGUGCCUUGAACAUUUUCGUCAAGUGCCAUUCAUAGAGUGUCAUGGCAGAGGGACGUGCAACUACUACCCGGAUUCAUACAGCUACUGGCUGGCAUCCCUCAACCCUGACAUGUUCGGUAAACCCAAUCCCCGGACGGUGAAAGGGCCUUCUCGAGAAAGCAUCAUCGGUCGCUGUCGGGUUUGCCGCAAACAGUAAGCACUUGAGAAAUGUGACGGAUGUACAGAGAUACUUUGGGUCACACUUCACCAUGUCUUCAUGACAAUUUUUGGCGACAAUGAAGGACAAAAUGAUUACUAGUCUUUAUCAAAUACAAUAAAAUCUUUAUUUUCUCCAUUGACACAACCUUGAUCAGAUGUGUUUAAAGUUUAUUUGCAUUCACAUGAAUAAAGACAACACAUACAUGGGGUAAAAAA